GCGGUGCUCUACAUUGUAUCCCAUGGUCGAAAAUUCAAAUACAGGACUCGUAAGAUGGUUCGAGAGGCCUUCGAGGCGAGGUUUGUUGACACACAAACAGCGAAUGGGCUUGGACAAGUGGCCGAUCACCAGCUCACAACAGGACGGAGGGCAAGACACCGAGGGAACGACCGAAGAGGAGGCAGACGACUACUUGUGGGACUCUGACUGGUCUUGAGAAUACCAGGUCCAUGGUAAUUCAGAAGUUUCGGCUAUGAUGAAGUCUCAAACAGCCCUAUCAGAUCUGGCAAACCGCCGAGAUCCCCAUGCACAGCAAAAUUGCACCAAAGCCCGUCUGUUAUCUGUCUUUCGCGUUUCAAACUUCAUGGACGGCAGCCUUCGCGAGAACAGCGCCGCCCCGUUUUGCAAGGACGUCAACGACUACUUCGCCCAGCGGCAGGAGCUAGGCCGCCGCGAGCAUGUACUCGCGUGGGACCACCACUGCACCGUCAAGGCCUCAGACCUAGAGCGGAGAGCAAAUGCCAUACUGCAGAUCCUCAAGGAGAAAGACAAAAUCAGGGUUUACGACGCGGCGCCAAAGAGGAAGGGAUAUGACGACCAGCUGCACUCUAGGGCCCCGGCCGACCACUUCUUGUCGAAUGUCGACCUGAUCCCGCCGACGGACGUGUUCCAGGUGGCGAGGCGGAUGCCCAAGGGAGCUCACCUUCACAUCCACUUUAACGCGUGUCUUCUUCCUAACGUCUUAUUGGAUAUCGCCAAGACGAUGGACCGGAUGUUUAUUACUAGCGACCUACCGUUGACAGAGCGCAUAAAUUACGAUCGGUGCGAGAUUCAAUUUUCCAUCCUUUCUCCAGGGAGGGAGAAGCCGGGCAACAUCUUCGACACCGCCUACCAAUCUAGGGCGACGAUGAAGUUCCGGCAGUUCCGCGAGGAGUUCCCAAACCACUUCUCGGAGGUUACUGUAGAUCGGUGGCUGGAGCAAAAGCUGGUAUUUCAUGAAGAGAAAGCGCACAACUCGCUUCAAACAGCUCAGGGGUAA